GGGACGCCUCGUGCGGCGAGUCUGACACACACACCCCGCCUGCAGCUCCCGGUGCCUGGCUGCCCCGCUGCUGCCGCCCCCGCGCGUCCCGGGACGCCUGAGCCGCAGCGCGCGCGGAGCGGGACCUGCCGCGGGCAGCCCGCGGUGAUGCCGGGGGCUCGAUGAUGAGCGGCAAGCGCGGGUCUGCCAAGCCCCAGCUCCGGCGGUCAUUCAGCGAGCAGCUGCGGGACUCCACCGCCAAAGCCUGGGAUUUACUGUGGAGAAACGUCCGCGAGAGACGGCUGGCAGAAAUCGAAGCAAAGGAAGCGUGUGACUGGUUACGAGCUGCUGGAUUUCCACAAUAUGCUCAGCUCUAUGAGGAUUCCCAGUUUCCUAUUGACAUUGUAGCUGUAAAGAAAGAUCAUGACUUUCUCGACAAGGACCUUGUAGAACCCCUUUGCAGACGACUGAACACAUUGAACAAGUGUGCCUCAAUGAAACUCGAUGUGAACUUCCAAAGGAAAAAGAGUGAAGACUCAGAUGAAGAAGACUUCUGUGCCAUCAGUAAUAAAUGGACUUUCCAAAGGACGAGCAGAAGAUGGUCUCGGGUGGACGACAUUGACACUUUGCUUCACCGAUCAGAUAGACAUGGGUCUUCAGGGGACAUUAAAAUGAAAAACACCCCUAGCAGUGAAAGUGUCCUUACUGAUCUGAGUGAGCCUGAAGUCUCGUCUAUUCACAGCGAGAGCAGUGGAGGAAGUGACAGUCGGCAUCAGUCUGGUAUCAACAGCACUAUCAGGGAGAUAUGUGACUGCUCGGGACAGCAUAGUAUAGAAAACACACUUACACGUUACACCACUCCUGUCAGCUGUACUCUCUCCCAGGUUCCAAAGGAGACCACAAAUUACUCCUGUAACCUUAAGAAUGAGAAACCAACACGAACGAGAGCCAAGACCUUUCUAAAGCGCAUGGAGACGCUAAAGCCUAGGGGUGCACACGGAAAACUAAAGGGCUUGGGAAGGCCUGGUGUCUUAGAGAUAAGCGGACCUGUUCUUCAACAUGAGCCAAAAUCCUUAAAGGACAUGCACUGCAUGCAGAUAGUGAAUGGAGAUGCAGCCAAAAGAGGACUUUCCUUUUCUGCCAAAUCCAGCAGUGACAGUAGUCAGUCAGAAAACAGCAGCAGUGGCAUGAGCACACCAUGUUUUAAGGAACGCAAGUGUUAUGAAACAAACAAGCGAGGUGGUAUGUACCUGGAGGACCUGGACGUUCUUGCUGGAACAGCCCUGAGACAAGUGGUAGACGAAAACCGUAAAAAUGAAUUUCACUCCCAAGAGAACCUGGUUGUGCAUAUUCCCAAGGACCACAAACCUGGAACUUUUCCAAAGGCACUUUCCAUUGAAAGUCUCUCACCGACUGACAACAGUAAUAGUGUAAACUGGAGGACAGGCAGCAUCUCUUUGGGCAAACAGAAGUGCUCUACUCCUAAAGAGCCCAGACUCAUGGCUUGCUGUCCUAAAGAGAGUAGGGUUAGUAUUUAUGACAACGUGCCAGGUUCCCACUUGUACGCCAGCACUGGAGACCUUUUGGACUUGGAAAAAGAUGACCUUUUCCCUCAUUUAGAUGACAUUUUGCAGCAUGUCAAUGGACUUAAAGAGGUUGUAAACCACUGGUCAAAGGAUUUACAGCCAGAGCUGCAAAGCAAUGAUUUAUUGGUUGGGGAAUCUGCAUCGUUGCCAUUCCAGUUGCCCACCCAAAUCACAUUAGACUUUGAAGGGAACUCUGUUUCUGAUGGUCGUACUACACCCAGUGAUAUGGACAGAGAUGGAACAUCCCUCAAUGAAUCAGAAACCACUGGUAUUAGGGACAGGAGAGACUCUGGUGUAGGGGCAUCUCUCACCAGGCCAAACAGGCGAUUACGCUGGCAUAGCUUCCAGAUCUCUCAUGGCCCGAGCCACUCCACAGCAUCACUACAGCUCAGUAAUCAAUCAGCAGCUCAACUGAAUCUACUGCAAAAAUUUUCCUUACUUCGCCUUACGGCCAUCAUGGAAAAAUACUGCAUGUCAAACAAACAUGGCUGGACAUGGUCUGUGCCAAAGUUCAUGAAGAGGAUGAAAGUUCCCGACUACAAGGACAAGAAUGUCUUUGGUGUGCCUUUGAUAGUUCAUGUCCAGAGGACGGGGCAACCCCUUCCACAGAGCAUGCAACAAGCACUGCGCUACUUACGCAGCAAUUGUCUAGAUCAGGUGGGUCUGUUUCGAAAAUCAGGAGUGAAGUCCCGAAUCCAGGCCCUCCGUCAGAUGAAUGAGAGCUCCCCUGAGAACGUCAGCUAUGAAGACCAAUCAGCCUACGACGUGGCAGAUAUGGUAAAGCAGUUUUUCAGGGACUUGCCAGAACCUCUUCUCACCAGUAAGCUAGGAGAAACCUUCCUCCAUAUCUAUCAACAUGUUCCCAAAGAGCAGAGACUUCAGGCCUUGCAGGCAGCCAUCAUGUUGAUGUCAGACGAAAACAGGGAGGUUUUGCAGACUCUGCUGUGUUUCCUGAGUGACGUCGCCUCUGUAGAAGAGAAUCAAAUGACUCCGAUGAAUGUAGCUGUGUGUCUGGCCCCUUCCCUUUUCCACCUUAAUAUAUUAAAGAAGGAAAGCUCACCAAGAGUAAUACAGAAAAAAUAUGCAACAGGAAAGCCAGAUCAGAAGGAUCUCAGUGAAAACCUGGCAGCUACUCAGGGACUUGCACACAUGAUAAUAGAAUGCAACAAACUUUUUGAGGUCCCCCAUGAGAUGGCAACCCAAUCUCGGAACUCCUAUGUGGAGGCUGAAGUGCAUUGUCCAACAGUGGAGGAACUAGGAAAGCAAAUGGAUGAAGAAGGAGGAAAUUACCAAAUGUACCUUGAAAGUCUGAUGCAGAACCUUCAGAAAGAAGCAAAAGAGAAAUUCAAAGGAUGGAUCACCUGUUCUAGCAUAGAGAACACAGACCUCGCUUACAAAAAGGUUGGGGAUGGCAACCCACUCAGGCUUUGGAAAGCUUCAGUGGAAGUUGAAGCACCCCCAUCAGUUGUACUGAAUCGAGUUGUAAGAGAACGUCACCUUUGGGAUGAGGACUUCUUGCAAUGGAAGGUCGUAGAAACUCUGGAUAAGCAAACAGAAAUCUACCAGUAUGUAUUGAACAGCAUGGCACCCCAUCCUGGCAGAGACUUUGUAGUUCUAAGGACAUGGAGGACAGAUUUGCCAAAGGGAGUGUGCACACUAGUGGCCGUCUCUGUGGAACAUGAAGAAGCUCCUCUGAUAGGAGGUGUACGAGCAAUUGUGAUGGAUUCUCAGUAUUUAAUAGAGCCUUGUGGCUCAGGAAAAUCCAGGCUGACGCAUGUCUGUAGAAUUGAUCUGAAAGGCCAUUCCCCAGAGUGGUACAACAAAGUCUUUGGACAUUUGUGUGCAGCAGAAGUUGCCAGGAUCAGAAACUCAUUUCAACCUCUCCUCGCUGAGGGACCAGAAACCAAAAUCUGAGGAAAUAUUCCAGGAAUGUGUGAGCCUAAAGCAGAGUAUGGUAGACAGCAGAAAGACCCAGAGCAAAGGUUUGAGUAAGGUUUUAGCAUUAUCUGCCAUAGAAGUAUGACCUGAUGUCUGUACAGUGGCAAAACAGGGAUUUCACAGGAAGGCCUGCUCAUUCCAGAGACUUCGCCCACCUAUUGCCCCAUCCCUUGUAUGUUAAUUUCAAUUACUGAAGUAAACCUUUUGUUAAAAGCUUUUAUCAUUGUUACUUUAAAAUGAGACUAUUACCAUUACUUGUGUGUUGCAUAAUUCUGAUAUUUAAAAGCUUCUAAGAAGCAUAUUUUAAUUGUAAAUAAACCAUGUACAGUAUGUAUAUACUUAUCUAUGUAUAUUAUAUAUAUAUCUAUAUAUGUAUAUGUAAAGUAAUUAUUUUGUAUAUAAUUUAGUGCUUUCUAGGAGAAAUCAUCUGCAUCAUUUUUGACCUUAUAUGGACCUAUUCUUGUUGCUUGUUUCUCAGUGUUUCACAGCUACAUAAGCUGUGUUUGUUAUUAUCGCAAGGCUACGUGACAUAAUCUGUGUGAUAUCUAACAGAAAAAUGGAUGACUGGCUGUUCUCAUUUUUGUUGUGUGUGUUUGGGGUGUAAACUACAAGAAGGUACAUAGAAAUAGAUGUAGGGAGUUUAGAAGGGAUAAUUGUAUGUUUAAAAAUAAUGAACAGCAGUUCACUGUCACCAAAAAACGCUAACAUGGACAUUGUAACUGGUAUGCACAUUUUGAAGACCCUUUACAAUGAGCUGUAGGAAGUUUAUGACUAUUCCAUGAUAGCUCUUGAAAACUUGCCUGUUGCCUUAAACAACUAAGUAGCUGCAGUUAGAGGACCUCACCAUUUGCAGUCGUAAAGCUACUUCCUAUAUUAAGUCUAGAGCAGUUCAAAGGAAUGUUGCAGAUACUGAGGUAACCUUAACUGUUCAUCUGAAGUCAAACUGGCAAGUUAUUAAGGGCUCCACUCUGAAGCCUUUCUUUUAGAUUUCUGGCUAAGUAUGUACUUAGGGAACUGUUCUUUCCCUCUUCUGUCAAGAUAUUUAAUUGUUAACCAAAGUCCAAAGCAGUGUUUCCACCCUAGAUGGACCCAGAUGUGCAGCUAAAUAUACUUUUUUAUAUAUUUCACUAUAGGGCUGGUCCACACUAACCCCCCACUUCGAACUAAGAUACGCAA